AUGCGCUCCCAACUCUUUCUCUCCUGGCUUGCCAUCGUCUCCAUCGUUACGGCCCAAAUCAGCAGAUUCGACGAGGAGACCCCAGAUGGGAUCGAGGACCAGCCAGCUGUCCGACAUGCCCUCGCUGAUGAAGAUGGCGACAUUCCAGCUUUCUCUGACGAUCAAGAGAUCGAUACCAGCCUUGAUGGUUACGACCACGAAUCUGUCGCGAGAGACCUCCGUGAGAACAACAGAGCGAAACGCGCGCCUCUUGACAUCCGCGAUACGCUUGCUGAUGAAGCCAUCAACAUGAUCCACGAGUAUGGCCAGGGCGUUGACGUCAGCCUUGACGGCUACGACCAUGAUGCUGUCGCUCGUGAUGUCGAAGACGGGCCGUUGGAGAAUGUUGAGCGAGGACUUGGCUUCGAGGCUGCUAGGCGGCUGGGUCGCAUGAAGCCGCACUAUGUCCAGCAUGGCGAGCGCGACGAAGAGGUCGAAAUUGACGAGGAUGGGGAGGAUGAUGGUCCGUGGGUUGAUCUGGACGCGUAUGAUGAGGGAGACGUCGAGGAACGAGAUGCAGACGACGAAGACGUGGGAGACGGGCUCAAGGAUGAGGGUGAUACUCCGCUGGUCACGUUUGAGCGCGAUGUCGAGGAUGAAGACCCGGGAGAUGGUCUCGACGACGAGGGCGACACCCCACUUGUGACGCUUGAGCGUGAUGUCGAAGACGAGGGAGACGAUGCGCAUGAUGAUAUCGACACCUCGCUGGAGGGAUAUGACCAUUCGUUACUGGACCGCGAUUCAAGCUAUGAGUAUUAUGAUCCAGACGAAGCCUUCCACGACGGAGCGUAUGACUCUGGCGAUGCAGAAUUGGGCAGCGAGCAGGUUGAAGAGCAGGACGAAGAGCAAGAUGCUGCCGAGCAAGAGCGUGUGGUCCAGAAAGGACCACCCACCAUGCGUAGACGAGGCCUUGUCGAUGGAGAUCAGGAGGCGGAGGAGGAGGAUGAUGAUGCUGGCCUUUGGAGCGCGUGGUCAACGGUUCGGCGUUGGGUUGAUGAUUUGAUGGACGGAUAG